AUUGGUGAAAGAAAGAGAAGAAGGCAGCAAGGGGCACAUGCAGAUUGCAGACAUAACAUAACACAGCACACUUGGAUAAACCUCACUCACUCAACCAACCAACUCUUCCAUUCACUACUCUCUAACUUCUCUCUUUCCCAUAAACACAAGAUAAACACAAUCACAAGCACAACGUUCAAAACUCCUUUUUCUCUUCUUCAUCAUUCCUCACACAAAUCAUCUUCUUCUAUUACAACAAAACAAAACAAAAACCUCUUCACUUUUUUGUCUCUCUCUCUCUCUCUCUCUCUCUCUCUCGCAUACCAUAUCAUAUGGAUAGAUACACGCUACCCUUACCAACACCACCACCACAAGGUGGAGUUCACAAUACUCUCACUAUACCUUCUUGGUCCGAACCUCAACAACAAGAAUCACCAUCUUCAUGGUCCACACCUAACUCCGAACCUAAACACAACACCAACAACACCGAACAAGACAACAUUGCCAUUGCUAUUGCUAUGGGUGCUAGUGCUACCUCUCUUCCUUUCUUCAAACCCGAACCACAACCCGAACCUGAUAACUUCUACAACAACAACAACAACAACAACGUUGUUAAUGUUAUUAAUAAUGUUCCAUUUGUUUCAAAUCCAACAACAAUAACUGAUAAUUUUCUCAUGCACCAAAACACAAACACCUUAGAUUCAAAUCCACACUCUUUCUUCCAUAACAACAACAACUACUUUUUCAACAACAAUAACAAUAACAACAAUAACCCAUUUGAAAUGGGUUUUGAAAAUGGAUUCUUUAUGGGAAACAACAUCACUUCAAAUUCCCCUGUUUUCAUGGGUGGUUCACUUGAACUGAGUUCAGCUUCCGAGUUUCCACCGAGUCUUGAACUCGAUGCUUCAGUAACACCUUUCAGUGCUUCGUUUUCUAUGCCUCUUGAACUGUCUCAACCUCAACCUCAACCACAACAACAACAACCCACGACUCUCUUUCAGAAGCGUCGUGGGGCGUUGGAGAUUCCGAGGUUAGAGACUGUUGGGAACAAGAAGAAGAGAAAAGUGGAGAAGAAAUGGGAAGAAGAAGGAAGUGGUGGUGGUGAUGUUGAUGGUGAUAUUGAUGAUUUUUCUGGGUUGAAUUAUGAUUCUGAUGAGAAUGGAAAUGAUUUGAACAAUUCUAAUGGGACUGUUGUUACUGGUGGAGAUCAAAAGGGGAAGAAGAAGAAAGGGCUUCCUGCGAAAAAUCUGAUGGCUGAGAGGCGCCGGAGGAAGAAACUCAAUGAUAGGUUGUACAUGCUUAGGUCUGUUGUGCCAAAGAUUAGCAAGAUGGACAGAGCUUCAAUACUCGGGGAUGCAGUUGACUACUUGAAGGAGCUACUGCAGCGGAUCAAUAAUCUUCACAAUGAACUCGAAUCAACUCCUCCUGGUUCAUUGUUGCAACCUUCUGCAAGUGCAAGCUUUCACCCGUUGACACCUACUCCGCCGACCCUUCCAUGUCGAGUCAAGGAGGAUCUAUAUCCCGGUGACUUGCUAAGCCCCAAAAACCAAUCUCCAAAGGUGGAAGUUAGGGUAAGGGAAGGGAGAGCUGUGAACAUUCAUAUGUUUUGUACCCGCAGACCAGGACUUUUGCUUUCAACCAUGAGGGCUUUGGAUAACCUUGGAUUGGAUGUUCAGCAGGCUGUUAUUAGUUGUUUCAAUGGCUUUGCUUUAGAUGUGUUCAGAGCCGAGCAACAAUGCAGAGAAGGCCAAGAUGUCCUCCCGGAGCAAAUUAAAGCAGUGUUGUUGGAUUCAGCGGGCUACCAUGGUUUGAAUUGAUUGAAAUUCCUGAUAAAUGCUACCCUUAGAGGUACUAACUGUAGCUUGCUGUUUGUAGAUGCAUUGCUUCUUGUUCCUGUUAGUAAAAGCCUGUGUCUCAAGGCCAAGAUCAACUAGAUUAGCUUAAUCUUUAGGUGGAGGAGAUAUGUCUUAUAUUUUUCUGAAUUGUGCUUAUGACAAAAGCAAACUUGUGUUGUUCAAUUAUGUUUAAGUGGUGGAAGGAAUUGUUUUAUUUAUUUUUUGUUA